UUUACGAAGGGUCAAGACCUUGGAUUUUUUCUUGGCCUAUAUUCACACUUAAAACAUCAGAUCAUAUGCUUGUGUGGAUAGCAACUCAAAGUGUGUAUGGUACGACGAAGCUUUAUUUUCAUGUUGAAAAUUAUAAGUUCAAAUGGACCCGGCAAACGUGAAGUUUUUUCCAAAUUGCUUCAGCAAACUACAAGGAAUUUGAGUGCUUCACCUAACUAGUUUGACCCUAAUGCUACAACAUAGGUAAAACUUGAAGUAUAAAUCAUUCUUUCAGACAGAUUUUCAAUGCUGAUAUCUCCUUUAUUUCAAGAUUUAGCAAUAGGUCCGCUCAAAUUCAUGGCGAAAACAAAUUCCACAAUAAGAACUUUCUUUCUUCUUGGCUUUCUGUUGCCGCUGCUUAACAGAACUUGUGUCUGCAGUGCUGAAGAAAGUGGUGAAGAGAGUGAUUUGUAUUGCUUGAAAUCAAUAAAAGAUUCCUUAGAAGACCCUUUAAAUUCUUUAGGCUCUUGGGAUUUCAACGAUGCUACCGUAGACUUCAUCUGCCGUCUUCCAGGAAUUGAAUGUUGGAAUGCUGCUGAGAACAAGGUAAUAAACAUCAUGCUAGCAAACAUGGGAUUAAUAGGUGAGUUUCCUCGAAGCAUUCGAUAUUGUACAUGCUUGACAGGCUUAGAUCUUUCAGGCAACAAAUUGUAUGGAACUAUCCCUUCUGAUAUUUCAGCAAUAGUUGGAAGUGUUACAACACUUGAUCUCUCAAAUAACGCGUUUUCUGGGGUCAUACCACCUGAUAUAGCUAAUUGUCAAUACCUUAAUGUUCUAAAGUUGGACAAUAAUGAUUUAGAAGGUGAAAUUCCAAGUAGUAUAGGCCAUCUGCUUCGCCUUAAGAUGUUCAGCGUAGCCAACAAUUACUUGACGGGGCCAGUGCCAACAUUUGUUAGCGAACGAAUCUCAGCUGAGAGUUUUGCAAACAAUCCAGAUCUUUGUGGGAAGCCCUUGAAAGAAUGUGAGCAUUAUGAGGAUUCUUGGAUAUGGAAACAUAUCGAUCGUGCUUCAUUCAUCAAAGCAUUUGUGGUCGGUUGGGUGCUUGUCCAGUCAUUAGCUUUAGUAUAUCGCUUAUUUCAAUUUCCUACCAAGGCUAUCGAGAAGAUAGUCUCAUUGAACAUAUGGAAGCUGAGGAGAAAGGAACUUUUAAUUUCGGGAAGUGAAGGGGAUUUAAGCAGCCAACAUAAGAUACAAAAGCUGGAGAAGUUUGUUGCGCGAAUGAGCUUAAAGGAGCUUCAAAACGCGACUUCUGAUUUUAGUGAAGACUAUUUAGUAGGAACUGGAAUGUUGGGCAAAGUGUACAAAGCAAUUCUUCCAAAUGGCUGGACACUUGCAAUCAAGAAGCUGAAUGGUUGGGAGGAUUUGGAAGAUGAGUUUGUCUCCGAGAUCACAACUCUCGGUGGACUUAAGCAUCGAAACCUAUUGCCUCUAAUAGGUUUCUGCUCCGAAAAGCAAGAAAGACUUCUCGUUUACAAAUACAUGCCUAAUGGAAGUCUUCAUGAAUGGCUGCACUUGAACAAAGGUAAACCCAAGAUUUUGGAUUUCCCUCGAAGAGUUAAAAUUGCAGUCGGGAUAGCAAAAGGCCUUGCCUGUCUUCAUCAUGGUUACAAAUUACAUGUCACACACGGAAGCAUAAGCACGCGAUGUAUCUUGCUAGAUCAAAAUCUUGAACCAAAAAUAUCCAACUUUUGGGAAGCCAAAGUUUGGAGUAACAAUGACACAGCAUUAAGUUGGAGCCUUUUCCCGGUAGCUGAAUAUUCCGGUUCAGGUUCUUACAAACAAGACAUCUACUGCUUUGGCAUCGUGCUUCUCGAGCUGGUAACAGGAAAGGAACCACAUGAACUGACCACCUCAAGAAAUCUGUUUGAUCACUCGCCUUGUCUACUUGAUGCAGACAUCGAUUUUCUUGGGAAAGGAAUCAACGAUUUGAUCCUCCGAUUUCUAGAGUUGGCUUGUGAAUGUGUGAAGUUCUUUCCUAAUGAAAGGCCAACAAUGUUGCAAGUUUAUGACAAACUCAACACAAUUUCUCAGGGUCGAAACGACGACUAGGUAUAGAAAACUUCCAUAUCAACCAGCAUUUGAAGUCUAUAUAUAUAUAAGACUAGUACUAUUGUUUAUCUGAUUAGAACAUAUUUGUUUGAUUGUAUCAAAGACUAAUGCUGCAUUGAAUUAGUUUAUACUUUAUAGUACAAUUUUCUGAGAGUUAUUUUCUCAGAACAUGAGCAUUUUAUCAGUGUAACUAUUGCCUUU